CACACACUCACCACCACAAUUAUCAACUCCAACAUUCUCCAAUCCUCGAGCUACAAAUCGCGAAGAAUAAUACCACUACAUCCGUGUCACGUCGGUAGAAAACAUGCAGCGCCGCAUGCUCACCAAAGAAGAGGAGGCCUCGGCGGGCGGCGAGGACAUGGAAGUACGUCGCGAAGAUCAAGAAAAGAUCAAUCGCUUUAGCUCGCUGCAUCAGAAAGAGACUGCGCUUGAGGAAGAGCUAAGAGCAAAGAUUAAGGAGAAGGAAGAUCUCGAGGAGAUUUCUACAGAGCUGGAACUCGUUGAUGAGGAGGACAAAGUUCCGUACAAGGUUGGCGACUGCUUUGUGUCGUUACCGCAACCUCAGGUCUUGGAGCUGCUCGAGAAGUCAACGGAGACGAUUGACGGCGAUGUGGAUGAGCUUAAGACGAGGUUAGAAAAGGUCCAGGAGGAGAUGGGAGAAUUGAAGAAGGCGCUGUAUGGGCGAUUCGGGAGGAGCAUCAACCUCGAGACGUAGAGACGUGAUUUUGGACGCUGGCCUCGCGAAUUCAAGCAAUUCGACAAGUCGACAAGCACAGCAUGACAUCGGCAUUGUGUGCUUUCCGUUGCUUGGUAAUUCAAACGUGGUUGGUAAUUCAUUUGCACCGCGAUCGGAAUGCUACUAUAACAC